AUAAUAUCAAGAUGUCAUUCAAGAGAGAAGGAGAUGAUGGUUCACAGUUGAACCUUCUUAAGAAACGGAGAGUAGCUGAACUGUUGGCUAAGGAUAUCCCAGAUGAUGAAGCAAUGCUUAUGAGCAAUGGAAGGUAUGCGUGUACGGUUUGCCAUUAUAAACCAGUCUUCGACACGGUUGAUAUGCUGACAGUUCACCGAGCUGGAAAGAAACAUCAACAUGCUACUGAAAAUCAUUUUGCAAAGAAGAGAGAGCUCGCUUUGCUGGUCAGGAAGAGAAGACAAGAAGAAGAAAUCAAGAGAGAGAGUCAGAAAGGAAAGAAUCAGGAAACUGAGCCAUCCCCCCUAUUGCUGAAAGUGGAAGCGGCCAAAAGACACACACUGCUGAAGGAAGCUCCAUACAAUCCUUGUCAUACACACAAAAAUGAAGGACCUCAAAAGAAGUCAAAGAACAAGCUAUUCUUCCAAUCCAUUCGGCAGAUCAGUUCAACCAAUCAGACGGCAGGGAAUUCAAAUCUAGCCAAUCGGGACCAAGAUCUUUCACAUUUUUCCCAUAAACAUGCUACAACUGUCGCUACUCAACCAGGCUUUUCGAAUGAUCACCCUCAUGUUGCUAUUGCCGGCCCUACUACUGCUCCUCGAAAGGCAGGUCUCAAGCCUGGUUUAAAGUCUAACCUUCAGACUCAAGCUCCAGGAGUUUCCAGCUUUCAAAUCAGACCAUACGUUUCAAAAGCAAAGAGGAAUGCAAUGAGUGAUGAAGCAAACCCUUCAAAACAACCAGAUCCUAAACCUAAUUCAGGAAAGCCAGAGACAACCUCAUCCCCGGGUUCCUACAAUGAAUCAUCCCUUUCCAUUCAAGAUCAAUUGUCUGGAGGUGAGGUUGAGAACUCGGUUGAAUUCAUAAGGGAAUUCCAAAGUACACAGAACUCAGAUGUUGGUGGCUAUGCUAGCUCUACCAAGCUUAGACAGGUCAAAGAUGAGAGGACCAUGAAAGCAACUCCAGGCAGCUUCUUCCAGAGGGAAUCGCCAUGUGGCAACAUGCAACAGGAUUUCAGGUUAGAUGUAGAUGGUGGAGAGAAGGGUUCACGGCAGCAUGGACAAGGACCUGCACCGAAGCCUGAGUUUGUGAGGGGUUUCCAGGGGUGUAGUCAAGGGACACACAAACGCCCUCAGGGUGUAAGGGGUAUCCAGAGGUGUGGCCAAGGGACUUCCCUGGAGCCUCAGGGUUUGAAGGAUCUCCAGGACUGCAGAAGAGGGGCCAGAGUAGAGGAAGAAAGGACUAAACAAAGACCAGUAAAGACAAAGCAGAAGAGCAAAUCAAAGAUGACAGAUGAAAAGAAGAAAGAAAUCCAGAGAUACUUAGAGCUUACCAGUUCUGGUUGGGUCCAAGACAAUGGAGGUAACUGGGUCAAAGGUCAGGAUGUGGAGUUUGAUUCGGAUGAAGAGCCACCAACAUCUUAGUCCAUGUGCUCUAGGACAUUUCACUUGAACAGAAAAUGAGGCUCCUACUUGCUCAACACUUCUUCAAUAGACAAAACAACAGCUCCGAGCAACCCUCUGAUUGAAAGGCGCCUAAGGCGGGAGUCAGGAGCAAUGUGACGAUUGCAAGAGCAAACUUCCUAAUGGAUCGUGGUGUAUGGAGCAAUAGUGUGAUGCUGCUGGCCAGAUACAUGGAGGUAAAGUGUUAUGUUUGCAUUCCUGUUAAUGGAUGGAUAGUUCUAUAUUCAAGCCGUCAUGCUUUUAUUUGCAGUGCAAACUUGGGUGCUUGAAAUGGGUUCAGUCACUGUGAAACCCGGUUUGGUGGCUGGCUGUUUGAUGAGCAAAUACAUGUAGUAAGAAUUCAUCUCAUCAUCAUUUCGAUUGCAGGAACUAUCUUUAUUUGGUUAGUCCUGCAGGAUUUAAAAACUUACCUGUAUAUAAUUAUAUGUGACAUGUUUGUAUGAUAAGACAUGGUGCAUAAAAUCUGUUGUGGUCUAGCCUGAAUAAAGCCAAAUCUGCUGUACGCUGGUUUCUUUACCACCCAUGUUGAAACACUUUUCAGCCUCUGCAUGCUUUUUUCUAAUUUUGCCCAUAGAUUUGUGUAGAGAAGGUAGUUAUGUCCCUGGGGUGGUAUUCUGAGGUCAUUUUAUCUUUGAAAUAUUUUAUUUUAUCUUUUAAAAUGAAAUUGGUAUUCUGAGAUGACAUUUUAUCUCUCAGAUACACAGUCAGUAGGCAGGUCCCAAAAAAGUGGCUUGUUUCAUCCAAGUGAUAUUCAUGACUUGAGAAGUUUUGCAUAUUUAAUGAGCUUGAUGCGGACCAAAACUCCUCUUUUCAUUCUGUCAUUGCUGCUCUAAUUGUGCAUCGAAUUUCAUGAUUCUGGUAUCAUUGUAAAGAAGAAGAAUCAUUCUUUCAGGUCAUGUGUUUGAAUUUAUUCAAAGAUUUUGUAAUAUAUGUUAAAAUUUGUGAUCUUGACCCGAUUAAAAGGUGUCGCAUAUCAAGAGUGGCAUUGUGAGAAAGUACAGAAGUUCAGCUUUAUGGUGAUAUAUAUAUCAUUGAGGCUCAAAAUAAAAAGUUUUGCACAAUUUGCAAAAGAAAACAGAGGAAGAAAAUUCAGUUUUGAGGCACAUUUUCAGGCCAGAAAUUCACUUAUUUCUCAAACUAUUGUAUACAAAAUAAAUGACCAAUGUGAAAGAAUAACAUUUACUCUAUCUGAUGGUGCAAUGAUAUUUCAUUUAUCUAGAGGUUAAAACAGGUAAAUUAUUAGAGAAAGAAAAUCUCACGAAUCACGAGAUUUUGCAAGGAGGAGGAUUCAGCCCCGAGAUGAUUUGGAUGAAUCUGGCCUUUUUGCUCAUUAGCAUGGGGACCUGCGGUCUGACUGUACAAUUUACAAUUUCAUCUUGAGUAUCUAUGAUGAUGCGCAACAGAGCUGUUAUGAUUGGGAAAUCAUAGUUAUACUAAAGUGAAAGGACUUUAGAUAAUUUCUGUGAUACUUCUUUGUGUGAGACAUCACAAGAUGAUGGCUCAGGUAACCACACAUUCCAAUGAGAUGAAGUACUCUCUCUAUCCAUGCUAAAAUGAGAGUUAAUUGUACAAAUGAGUUUAGAUCCAAUAAAGUAUUCGAACUAUACACACGUGUCUCUCAAGCCUCCUAAAUAUUGUUUAACUGGAACUCUACAAAAGCAAUGGCUGCGUAGACAUACACAUCGCGUAUCUGGCCAUUGCAACGCGGGUGAUGUGCUUGCGCCCAAGUAACUUUG